CGCGCGGCCGCGGCCGAGGGGCGCGUUCAAACGCGGCGAGGGAAGGAGCGCGGAGCGGAGCCGUGCGGGACCGCAGCGCCGCCGGCAUGUGCUGGUACUGGACUUUUCUCUAAUUCUCCAUGGCAGCAGCACAGGGUCCUGUGACCUGUGAGCCCGACACCCGUGUCCUCAGCACCUACCUCUCCUCGGAGCCUGUCAGCGUCGUUGGCAGCAUGGGCAGCGUGGGCAGCCUAGUGGAGAAGCAGGAUCUGUCCCCUCUGGAGCUGCGGGCCCCUCUGGGGGGCUCACGGGGGCUUCGGCAGCCCGACGGCUUGUUGCGGAAGGGGCCGAGCCAACGGGAGCUCUUCGGGUACCUGCACGGGGCCAAGAAGGAGAUGCGGUCGGAGCGGAAGCACCAGACAUCAGGCACCUGCUACAAGAGGGACUACGAGAGUGACCGUGAGAACCGAUCCCCUGAGCGCUGCUCCCGGGAGCAUCACCGUGGGGCUGACUUCUCCAAGAGCUCCCUGCCAGAGCGGGGCCGCUUUGACAAGUGCCGUAUCAGGCCCUCGGCCUUCAAGGCGGUGGCUGGGAAGGGGCUGGUCUCCAUGCAGGGCCUGUCCUCGUCCAAGGGGCAGAAGUUGUCCAAGAGCAAUGGGAGCCUGCACACGCUGCUGUCACAGAGCAGCACAGCAGCCCCACAGCAUGGCCCGCUCCGCACCCACCUGCUCCACGCCAUCAGCCUGGAUGAGGCCUCCGACUCCAGCCACAACUCCAUCCAGAGCUUCCCAUCGUACGGCUCCCGCCUCAAACCUGCCCAGAGCCAGUUCAGCGCCUCCAUGGGCCACAUCAACCACAUUGGGGGCUCCUUGGACAGGGUCUCCCGGAGCCCCAGGGACCCAUUGGCCCCUGAGAAGGUGCCCCUGUCCUGCAAAAGCAUGGCCACGCUGAGCCGGCUGCAGAGCCCCGGCGAGCCCCCACCACCCUAUGAGUUCUCCUACUCGCUGGAGGACGCGGUGAAGCAGCUGGAGGAUCGGCUGCAGGAGACAGGAGGGGAGCUGCGGCAGCUCAAGAGGAGUCUCAGUGAGACUGAAGACCCCUUCACACAGGUGUUUGAGGACAAGCAGCGGCUGUGGCUGGACGAGUUGGAGGACCUGAAGCAGAUGUACAUGGCCCGGCUGCAGCAGGUGAUGCAGCAGGCGCAGCGCGGGCAGCGGGCGCUGCAGCUGCAGCUCUACAAGGCCCAGCAAGAGAAGAAGCGGCUGCAGGAGGAGCUGAGCCUGCAGCAGUGCCAGUGCGAGGAGCCCAAGCUCCGGCAGCCCCAGGGAGAGCGUGGCAGCCCCAAGCUGGAGGAGACCAAGUGGGAGGUGUGCCAGAAGGCAGCAGAGAUCUCCCUGCUGAAACAGCAGCUCCGGGACACCCAGGAGGAGAUGGCUCAGAAGCUGGGUGAGAUCUUCAGCCUGAAGACGCAGCUGCGGGAGGCCAAGGCAGAGGUCCAGGCCAAGGACUCCCAACUGGCACAGCUGGCAGACUCCUUCCAGAGUCCCCCAGAGCCCAGCACCUCGAUGCCUCUGGGUGAUGACCCCAUGCCAUCGUGCCAAGACUUCCCUGGCUGCGAAACUGAUGACUCCAAGUGCCGCGGCCUCCACAGCGACACAGCGGAGCCUCUGGAGCGGCAAGUGGAGUGGCUGUGGGCAGAGCUGCUGCGGGAGCGGCGUCAGGGCCAGCUGCAGGCUGUGAACUUUGAGCUGGAGAGGAAGACCUGGCAGGAGGAGAAGGAGAAGGUGCUGCGGUACCAGCGGGAGCUCCAGGCCAGCUACAUGGAGAUGUACCACCGGAGCCAGGCGCUGGAGCGGGAGCUGCGACAGCUGCGGUCGGAGCCCAGGGAUGUUGGGACCGACUCGCCCUGGAUUGAGCGGGUGGAGUCCUCGAAGAUCUGAGGGAUGGGAUGCCAGUGGGACUGUGAAGGGGGAACAUCUCUUGCUGCUGCAGUGGGAUGAUCUCAGGGUGUCCACAAGGACUGGCCACUUGGCGCUGCUCUGGGCUGAAGGACUGAUUGCAACAGGGGAGCUUUUCCUUCUUGCAGCGCUUCAGGCCCUUCUGGUGGGGGUCUCUGGAGAGCAGGGGGGCCAUCUGUGCCAGGGUGGGGGUCUUGCAUGUGCCCCGUGCUCUGACUCCAGGAGCAUUUGCCCUGUGAUUCCUUCUGCCACGGGGGCAGAAACCAAGCGCCCUGUGAAACAUUCCCUGUCCCUCCUGCUCUGCUGCCCCUGUUCCUGCAACUCAGUAACUUAAUGUCUUGUGAGGAGGGGCUUGAGCCCUGUCACCACCCCACUGCCUUGCUGUGGGGGUUCCACCUGCUGCUCACAGUGGCCACCUUGUCAGCAAGGCCAUGGAGCUGCUGGUGCCACUGGGAAGGCAGAGGAGGAAACCCUGAUGAGCGCUGGUACUGCUGGGAUGGGGCAGCUGCGCCAGCACCUCUGCUGGGGCUUCCCAUGUCCCCAGUGUGGGGCUGCUCUGCAGUGGAGGUGGUUGAUGCAGCUUCCCUCGGGCUGAGAGGGGCAAGUGCCUUGUGCAAGGAGGGAUGGGAACUGGUGCCCUGCUGCACUGGGAGGAACUGGGGAGGGGAACAGGAGAU